CUAUUUUCUUUAGCGUUUUUCUUCCAGGUCGCGUUACAUUUUAAAAACUUUUAACCUUUCUUGUAGAUUUAAAACUUGUUAAUAAUAAUAUGAGGAAAACUCAAGUAGAUAACGGAAGCACAAUUAGAAAAAAGGACCAACAUAGUGAUAGUGAAUCUAGUUGGUUACAAGAGGGACAUACGUUUAACGGAAAAAGCUGGGUCCCAAAGAAACAUCUUGUUAAAGAAGAUUAUAAAGAAAAGGUAGAGAAACUCAAAGCUAAAAGCGCAUUGAAGUUGCGCAAGAAAGACGAGGAAAUUGCCGAAAAGAACGAAACUAUUGAAAAGUUGUAUUCUGUGCUUCAACUAUUAGAAAAUAAAGAAAAGGAGAUCAAGAAGGAACUUGAAAGCAAGGAAAAAGAGUUUGCGGAGUACAGAAGUGUUUGUAACUCAAAACUAAAAGCAAUGCAAGCCGAAGUGGAUCAAAUAGGAGGCCAACUACGCCUUAAUAACUCUACUAGCAGGACUAGAGAAAUUCCUCCCGAAUUUGUAAAGAAUAUUUGCUUCCAAAAAAGUGAAAUUAAAAAUUUUAAAAAGGAACUAAACAAUUUUACAUCAACAAUUGUCGAUGAAUUUAGCUCUUUUUUUAAAUACCUUGAAUUUAUUAUUAAAGAAUCUUCAAAAGGCUUAGAACUCCUGAAUAUUUAUAAAAAAGUUAACGAGGAUCUAAAACAAGAACGAGAUCUCUUAACUGAAACAACGUUUAAACUAGAAAAGAAACAAAAAAAGCAACAAAAAGAAAAUGAGAAUCUACGUAAAGAGAUGGAGAGGAUCCAAGAAACUCAGAAAAUUUGCGAACAGUCAAGAGGGGAUGGGGAUGAAGCACACAAGUGUUGGAGGCUACUAAUCCCAUCAAGUGCGGCUAUACUUGGAGCACUCGUGAUGCUCUUUUAUAUAAAAAGGAAAUAA